AUGCUUCAUUUGUGCGGCGCCAUGCAGACACGAUGCCUCCAUUCAGAUUACAUGCUUACUGUCUGCCCACAGCUGAUAACGUGCUACACAGUUUUCCUUUCUUUCUUCGCCCAAGGCCAUGAAUUCAUCAUUCUGUCAUCCCUGAAAAUCUUUCUGAAGCAACAAAAGAAAAUUCUUGUUUGCUUAUUUAGUGCAAGAUUCUUUUCUCCCAUUUUUUUUUCUUUUCUCUCAUUUUAUUUUUCUUUUUUCUCAUCCUUUUCUCUCAUCUUUUUCUUUUCUCUCAUCUUUUUCUUUUCUCUCAUCUUUUUCUUUUCUCUCAUCAUUUUCUUUUCUCUCAUUUUUUUCUUUUCUCAUCUUUUUUCUCUUAUCUUUUCUCUCUCAUCUUCUCUCAUCUUUUUCUUUUCUCAUCUUUUUCUUUUCUCAUCUUUUUCUCUCAUUUUUUCUCAACUUUUUCUUUUCUCUCAUCUUUUUUCUCUAAUCUUUUUUCUCAUCUUUUUUCUUUUCUCUCGUCUUUUUCUUUCAUCUUUUUUCUUUUCUCUCGUCUUUUUCUUUCAUCUUUUUUCUUUUCUCUCGUCUUUUUCUUUCAUCUUUUUUCUUUUCUCUCGUCUUUUUCUUUCAUCUUUUUUCUUUUCUCUCGUCUUUUUCUCAUUUUUUCUUUUCUCUUUUUUUCUCUCAUCUUUUUCUUUUCUCUCAUCUUAA